UCUCCCACGGUCCGUGCGCCCGGUCGUCUCCAGCCCCAUCAGCCCGGUCCACAGCGCCCCCGGCCCGCCCCCUCCUCGCAGCCAUGGACGCCAUCAAGAAGAAGAUGCAGAUGCUCAAACUGGACAAGGAGAACGCCAUCGACCGAGCUGAGCAGGCCGAGGCCGACAAGAAGCAAGCUGAGGACCGUUGCAAGCAGUUGGAGGAAGAACAACAGGGCCUACAGAAGAAGCUGAAGGGGACGGAAGAUGAGGUGGAAAAAUACUCCGAGUCUGUGAAGGAUGCCCAGGAGAAGCUGGAGCAGGCUGAGAAGAAAGCCACCGAUGCCGAGGCAGACGUGGCCUCCCUGAACCGCCGCAUCCAGCUGGUGGAGGAGGAGCUGGACCGGGCACAGGAGCGUCUGGCCACGGCCCUGCAGAAGCUGGAGGAGGCGGAGAAGGCCGCUGACGAGAGUGAGAGAGGGAUGAAGGUCAUUGAAAACCGGGCCAUGAAGGAUGAGGAAAAGAUGGAAUUGCAGGAGAUGCAGCUGAAGGAGGCCAAGCACAUCGCCGAGGAUUCCGACCGGAAAUACGAGGAGGUGGCCAGGAAGCUGGUGAUCCUGGAGGGAGAGUUGGAGCGCUCAGAGGAGAGGGCUGAGGUGGCUGAGAGUAAAUGUGGGGACCUUGAGGAGGAGCUGAAAAUUGUUACCAACAACUUGAAAUCCCUGGAGGCCCAAGCAGACAAGUAUUCCACCAAAGAAGACAAAUAUGAAGAGGAGAUCAAGCUCCUGGAGGAGAAGCUGAAGGAGGCUGAGACCCGAGCAGAGUUUGCCGAGAGGUCUGUGGCCAAGCUGGAGAAGACCAUUGAUGACCUCGAAGACGAAGUCUAUGCCCAGAAGAUGAAGUACAAGGCCAUCAGCGAGGAGCUGGACAACGCCCUCAACGACAUCACCUCUCUCUGAGCCCCACACGACUGUGGCCCUCGGCCCUGCUCUCUCCUCUCCUUUCCAGUCUUUCUCUAGGGAGGUGACAGCCUAGGGAGAGUCCCCAUCUCACUCCCUGCCCCCACCGCCUCACCUGGCACUGGCUUCACCCUUCUGUCCAUCUGCUGCCCCCACCAAUAAGGAACCACCCCUCUCUGCCGCUUAAUAAACUGGUACCUGGUCUCCA